GAGAAGAUAUUCUACCACCAACAUCAACAAGUCAAAAUGAGCUGUGGAGGGAUGGCCCCACACGGAGCCGUAGACAACGACCCGAUCUCAAAAUCGGAAUCCGAGUCAGACGGAGAAGGAGGAAGGUGUAAGAAGGGGGAGAGGAAACGCAGGGAAUGUGGAAAAGAUGACAGGGAGGAUUGGAGAGGAAAACAAGGCUGCGAUAAGGGCGGGAGAGGCGGCUCAGGGGACGACGACGGCUCUGAAACAGACACCGAGUCAGACGGAGAAGGAGGACGGCGUAAGAAGGAGGGGAGGAGACGAAGACGAAGGGGCCAAAAAGGGGGAUGUAGAGGAAUGAAAGACGACCGGAAAGGGAAAGAUGGCUGUGAUAAGGGCGGGAGAAGCGGCUCAGGGGACGACGACGGCUCUGAAACGGACACCGAGUCAGACGGAGAAGGAGGACGGCGUAAAACGAAUAGAAGACGAAAAAGGCGCGGAGGGAAAUGUGGGAAAGGAAGAGACAGGGACGAAGCCGCGGCCGUGACGGUGGUGGUGGUGGUGGUGGUGGCCAUGGAUGUAGUUAAAUAA